CUGCUACGCCAUCCGAAGGACGGCGUAGCAAGAGCUAAGAUACUGUCAGAUUGCCCAGGCCUAGACAGGAACAGUCAGGAUGCAGAGGCUGGGUUCAAACCACGGACCUUUCGGUCGAGUGUACACGAUCAUGAAUCAAAAGAUGAAGAUAAGCGUUCAGCGGUAAUGCCCUUUCUGCGGCUAGGUGCCACGUCACCCGAAGGAAACAAGAUGACUGGGAUACUGAUAGAUUGUCCAAACCUAGGCAGAAGUCGAGAUGCAGAGGUCGGUCCUCGGUCCUUCCGGCGGCCAUAA